CGAGUAUAAAAGAGUUUGCGGGUUUGUAGAGCGUCAGAGCCUUCCACAUCGUCAGAAACAUGAGGGCAAUUGUAUUUCUGGGUGCCGUUUGUUUGUGCUCGGCUCUAGCUGCGGAGUCCACAAAAAAGGAAGUGUCGCAGGAGAACAAGAAGCAGGAUAAACGUGGCAUCAUUCACUUUGGCGGAGGAGAAAUUGGAGGUGGAGGAGGACAUGAUUUUGGAGGACACGGUUUCGGAGGUGGCCUCGAAUUGGGAGGUCACGGGUUCGGCGGAGGCGGCGGAGGUGGAGGUUAUGGAGGUGGCGAAGGUCACCAUGAGCACGUGAAGACCGUUGUCGUUGAGAAGAAGAUCCCGGUUCCUUACACCGUUGAAAAGCACGUUCCAUAUACUGUUGAAAAGAAGGUACCGUACGAGGUUAAAGUACCAGUACCACAACCCUACACCGUGGAGAAGAAGGUUCCCUACCCAGUAAAGGAGAUCAUCAAGGUCCCAUAUUACGUGCCUCAGCCGUACGAGGUCAUCAAGAAGGUACCGUACGAAGUCAAGGUACCUGUGCCAAGGCCUUACGAAGUCAAGGUGCCAGUACCACAACCCUACACCGUCGAAAAGAAGGUACCAUACCCAGUCAAGGUUCACGUUCCACAACCGUACACCGUCGAGAAGAGAGUACCGUACCCGGUAAAGGUAGAGAUCCCAGUUCCGCAACCUUACACCGUUGAGAAGAAGGUACCAUAUGAAGUGAAGGUACCAGUCGAUCGUCCAUACACCGUGCACGUACCAAAACCGUACCCAGUCACUGUUGAAAGGCACAUCCCUGUUCCGGUCGAAAAACCAGUACCUUACGAGGUUAAAAUCCCAGUCGACAAGCCUUACCCCGUCGAAGUACCAAGACCAGUCCCAUACCACGUCAAGGUACCAGUACCACAGCCCUUCACCGUCGAGAAGAAAGUCCCAGUCGAAGUCGAGAAGCCCGUCCCAGUUCCAGUCAAGGUACCAGUAGACAAACCAUAUCCUGUGAUCAAGGAAGUACCAUACCCGGUCGAGAAAGAAAUACCAUAUCCGGUCAAAGUACCAGUCCACAUUCCCAUCAAAGUAUCUCACCAUGAAGGAGGUGGCGGUGGAUCCUUCGGAGGAGGUCACUUCGGAGGCGACGGUGGUCACUUUGGAGGCGGCGGUGGUCACUUUGGAGGCGGAGGCGGCGGCGGUCACUUUGGAGGCGGAGGCGGCGGUGGUCACUUCGGCGGCGGAGAAAUUCACUUCGGAGGCGGCGGCGGUGACGGAGGUCACUCCUUCGGCGGCGGAUCCUUCGGAGGAGGUCAUUCCUUUGGUGGCGGUUCCUUCGAGGGCGGCCACUCCUUCGGCGGAGGACACCAUUAA